AUGGCCAUCCAGUGGGUUCUUCUCAUCUCCCGCCAGGGCAAAGUUCGUUUGUCCAAAUGGUACGGCACAAUGAGCCAGAAAAGCAAGGCCAAGAUCGUGAAGGAUGUGACGCAAUUGAUCCUAGCUCGUCGAUCACGCAUGUGCAACUUUAUCGAAUACAAGGAAAACAAAAUUGUGUAUCGACGGUAUGCCUCGUUGUUUUUUGUCGCUGGCAUCGCACCGGAUGACAACGAAUUGGUCACACUCGAGAUUAUUCACCGCUUUGUCGAAGUUCUCGAUCGAUACUUUGGCAAUGUAUGCGAACUUGAUCUGUAUGUCUACAUCUACCUAACACCUAGCAUCUUUAACUUCCAAAAGGCAUACCAGGUACUGGAUGAGCUGAUUAUUGCUGGCGAGCUCCAGGAAUCCAGCAAGAAAUCUGUUUUGCGUGUCGUUGUCCAGGGCGAUGCCGUCGAAGAAGCUGAGAAUGGCGAAGAUAACUUGGCACGCAUUGGAAGUCGCUCUAGCUAG